CUUUUUACUCUGAAGCCCCUCAAAACGCAAGCAUUGCACCUAAGAGGGAGGAUGCCGAAAGUUUCGCGCCGCCAACGCGCGCUGCGUAGCCUAAGGCGCGGCAUUCGAGCUGCUUUAAUCAGCGAGACAUCCGCCGCCUAUUCGAUGACGAAGACGUCUCUGCGCCAGACGUUGAAGAUGACCUGGUGAUGGACUACAUCGAGGCAUAUUGGACUAUUGACAGAUCCCGGUAUCUGAACAAACGUGACCCCCUUCCUCGUGCUCCGGACAUGUUCGAGUUCUGGCUUUACCGACUAGAUGAAUCUAGAUUCAAGGAGGACUUCCGAGUUACAAGGCUGCAGUUUAUGCAAGUUGUGGAGUUGAUCGAGAGUCACCCCGUGUUUUACAAUGAAUCCAACGUAUUUCAGACACCUGUAUGGCGUCAGCUGAUGGUUGCUUUGUAUCAAUUCGGUUGUGAUGGAAAUGGCGCUGCUAUUAGUAAACUAGCGCGUCAUUUCUGCUGUGCGGAAGGCUCAAUCGAAGCUUUUACUGACAGGUGCAUUACGGCACUGGUUUCCCUCGAAGCGAGAGUUGUUGUGUGGCCCGAUACCAACGAACGAGAAAAAAAAAAGUGCUCGGAUCGAUGAGAAGUCGGGAUUUCGUCAGUGCAUUGGAUUUGUAGACGGCACUUUGUUCCCGUUCGCAACUAAACCGGAGCGUGAUGGUGCUGAUUACUACAGUCGAAAGGGGUGUUACGGUAUGGCGGGACUUGUCGUUGCGAUGAUGAAAAGCGAAUACGAUAUCUCUACACAGGAUGGGCGGGCUGCUCGCACGAUGCGAGAUUAAUGACCAAUUGUGAGCUCCAGGUGUAUAAGGAUGAAAUGUUUGAAGGUGAUCAGUAUCUCCUGGUAGAUUCAGGUUUUGCACCCGAUGAUACAGUCGUUCCGGUGUUCAAGAAGCCCAGGAAUGGCUAUCUCACCGAAGCACAAUCAACGUUUAACAAGGAGCUAAGCAAAAUUCGCGUUUAAAACGAGCAUUGCAUUGGUGUACUGAAGGGGAGAUUCUUCAGUCAGAAAGGACUACGUCUUCGCCUACGAAAUGAACAUGAUGGCGAACGUAUUAUAGCUUGGAUCAGGGUAUGUGUUGUGCUGCAUAACUUACUACUUUAUGUUCCCAGACUUGGAGAUUCAGAAUGCGAUGACCCAAACGCAUGGAUCCCAAUGGCACAGGAACUCCCCGAUUUAAUUGACGACGGUAACUUUGACAACGCUUUAAUUAGGAGCGCGGACACUCAAGGCAAAAUUAAACGUCUGCGCGUGAUGCAGACUGUGCUAGAAAACCUAUCUAGCAAUGCCAAAACCAUAGUCUUCACUUCGUCAGUCGAGUAGAUCCCCAGCACCAGCAAAUCUUUCGUAAACUGCACCUUUGCCUGAGCUAGAUCAAUGCAAGUGCGCUUCUGAGCCAGAAGGGCGCGCUCGUAGAUGGAGUCGUACAUCACAUCAUCCAAUCUCUUGCGUUUUUUCUGGGGCUCUUGCGCAAGGCUGAGUGGUUUUCCGCGCUUGGACUUGGCAGUCUUCUUGCUCGUGUUCUUAGUCGUUCUCUUCUUGCUACUAACCACCGUGUCAGCGCCACUAUCUCCUGGGCGCUUAGGAGCUGUGGACGUGCUUGAAGUCCCCGUAGCGGUCUCUACAGAACAGUCGUCUGAAGCAACAUCGAUGCUGUCAUCAGGUCGACGAGCCACAUGAGUCGUACUCGAAUCUGGCUGAGUGUCAACCUCGUUACUGUUGUGAUUGUGACCCUCCUCAUCACUGCCUUUGCUGGCACUUGGGGGAGACUCACCAAACGGGAAGUCAAGUCGCGGUGCCCAUUGCUAUCUUCUACCCCACUCCGAGUAUCAAUUGCACUUCGUACCGGUGGUUUACAUGUUCCGGUAGGAGCAAUCGGCUUCGCGGAUGCGCGAUCGUGGAAGACAGGAUACAGUACGUCCCAGUGCUUGCAAAUACGAAAGAGUUUAUCUGGAGAG